UAUAUACGAGGGUAGCUGCCUGUAGCUCAGAACAUAGUUUUGGGGAUAUUUAAUUCAUAGACUUUUUUUGUAUUUCAGGAUGCUUUCCAGGCGUCAUUGCGAGGUUAUGCCCCACUGCUGUUUAAGCACAUGAAAAGUGUAGUAAAGAGGGAUGUCAUCGAAUGGGUCAUCGAGACAGAGCGGGAGGUGUCAAAGGGCUGCAAGAACGCAAAGGAGGUGGCAUUUGUGCCAUUGUUGGCUGCGUAUUUCGGUGACAAAAAAGAGGCCCUCUUCAAGGUUUUCGAGCAUGGUACAAGUAUAACAGAAGUGGUUUCUGAGUUGCCACCUACGCCCAUCAUUGCAGCACUAGGAACCAUCUUUUCGGACAAAUGUUAUGUGGCCUGUGAGCAGGAACUGUUUUGCGAAGCAUCCAAUUUCACCGAGGCAGUCUGCAUAAUGUUCCUGACUUACUAUGCUUUCAACAUGAUGUACCCGAACAAUGCUGCGACAACACUGGAAUUCUUGCAAAGGCAGCUGUUCCUCAUCAAUCCACCACACGGUACAAAGCGGGAAGGGGGACAGCGGUCAAGGACAGUGGUUAAUUCAAGAAUUAUGAAGCUGAACCAUGUGCUUCGAGCAAACGUCUCGCCCGAGCAGCUGGACUCUGACCAGUGAACACAGUGCACAAUACUGCAUAUUGUUACGGGUACCACGGGAAUGUGGAAAUAGUACAAAUGCCACGAUUAUUUACAAGUUUCCAUUAUACAUUGUAUUUCGCGUUCUAGAUCUAUAAGAUAUUGAGAUCAAAUAAAACUUCUGUGAAUUCACUUUGCGU